CUAACACGAAAGACCCCUUUAUCUACACACUCGUUGUCGCUGUGUAUGCUUCGCAAGCCUCUCUCUCGUCUUUCAAUUUCUGCGUCUCGCUGAUCUCGCCGAUUUCGCACCAUGCAGAACGAGGAGGGCGACAAUGUGGAUCUCUACAUCCCCAGGAAGUGUUCUUCAACCAACAGGUUGAUCACUUCCAAGGAUGUUGCCUCAGUUCAGCUCAAUGUGGGUCAUGUUGACGAAAAUGGUGUCUACACCGGGCAGUUCACCACCUUCGCCCUAUGCGGGUUUGUUCGUGCUCAGGGUGAUGCCGACAGUGCCUUGGAUAGAUUGUGGGCGAAGAAGAAGGCCGAGCUUGGACAGUAGAUGGAGUUGACCUCCCUUAGUGUAAUCACAUAUACGCCAGUUCGAUUUUCUACUGGGCUUCAUUGUAGUUGAACUUAAGUAAUGAAAUUCGACUUAAGUCAAAAUGAAAAGUGAAUUUUAAAAGUGUACGGUUCGAUGUC